AUGGCGGGGGCCGUUACCACGGUCCUUGGUACUCUUGACGUAGCCCGGGGCGCGGAUGUAGCCCACUGCGCCGCUGGAUCCCACUACUUUUUACCUCAUGAGUCCCAUCCGCUGGUUACCCCCGCGCCCACUACACGUGUACCAGGUCCAGCAGUGACAGUGACCCCCAGGUCCAGCAGUGACAGUGACCCCAGGUCCAGCAGUAACAGUGACCCCAGGUCCAGCAGUGACCCCAGAUCCAGCAGUGACCCCAGGUCCAGCAGUGACCCCAGGUCCAGCAGUGACCCCAGGUUCAGCAGUGAUAGUGACCCCAGGUCCAGCAGUGAUAGUGACCCCAAGUCCAGCAGUGAUAGUGACCCCAGGUCCAGCAGUGAUAGUGACCCCAGGUCCAGCAGUGAUAGUGAACCCAGGUCCAGCAGUGACCCCAGGUCCAGUGAUAGUGACCCCAGGUCCAGCAGUGAUAGUGACCCCAGGUCCAGCAGUGACCCCAGGUCCAGCAGUGAUAGUGACCCCAGGUCCAGCAGUGAUAGUGACCCCAGGUCCAGCAGUGACCCCAGGUCCAGCAGUGACCCCAGGUCCAGCAGUGACCCCAGGUCCAGCAGUGAUAGUGACCCCAGGUCCAGCAGUGAUAGUGACCCCAGGUCCAGCAGUGACCCCAGGUCCAGCAGUGAUAGUGACCCCAGGUCCAGCAGUGACCCCAGGUCCAGUGAUAGUGACCCCAGGUCCAGCAGUGAUAGUGACCCCAGGUCCAGCAGUGAUAGUGACCCCAGGUCCAGCAGUGACCCCAGGUCCAGUAAUAGUGACCCCAGGUCCAGCAGUGAUAGUGACCCCAGGUCCAGCAGUGAUAGUGACCCCAGGUCCAGCAGUGAUAGUGACCCCAGGUCCAGCAGUGAUAGUGACCCCAGGUCCAGCAGUGAUAGUGACCCCAGGUCCAGCAGUGAUAGUGACCCCAGGUCCAGCAGUGACAGUGACCCCAGGUCCAGCAGUGACCCCAGGUCCAGCAGUGAUAGUGACCCCAGGUCCAGCAGUGAUAGUGACCCCAGGUCCAGCAGUGAUAGUGACCCCAGGUCCAGUGAUAGUGACCCCAGGUCCAGCAGUGAUAGUGACCCCAGGUCCAGCAGUGACCCCAGGUCCAGCAGUGAUAGUGACCCCAGGUCCAGCAGUGAUAGUGACCCCAGGUCCAGCAGUGAUAGUGACCCCAGGUCCAGCAGUGAUAGUGACCCCAGGUCCAGCAGUGAUAGUGACCCCAGGUCCAGCAGUGACCCCAGGUCCAGCAGUGAUAGUGACCCCAGGUUCAGCAGUGACCCCAGGUCCAGUGAUAGUGACCCCAGGUCCAGCAGUGAUAGUGACCCCAGGUCCAGCAGUGAUAGUGACCCCAGUUACGAGAAACUCCAACACCCGCCCUCAACACCCGCCUGCAACACCCGCCUGCAACACCCGCCUGCAACACCCGCCCUCAACACCCGCCCUCAACACCCGCCCUCAACACCCGCCUGCAACACCCGCCUGCAACACCCGCCCUCAACACCCGCCCUCAACACCCGCCCGCAACACCCGCCCGCAUCACCCGCCCUCAACACCCGCCCUCAACACCCGCCCGCAUCACCCGCCCUCAACACCCGCCCUCAACACCCGCCUGCAACACCCACCCUCAACACCCGCCCGCAUCACCCGCCCUCAACACCCGCCCUCAACACCCGCAUCACCCGCCCUCAACACCCGCCCGCAUCACCCGCCCUCAACACCCGCAUCACCCGCCCGCAACACCCGCCCUCAUCACCCGCCCUCAUCACCCGCCCUCAUCACCCGCCUGCAACACCCGCCCUCAACACCCGCCUGCAACACCCGCCCUCAACACCCGCCCUCAACACCCGCCCUCAUCACCCGCCCUCAACACCCGCCCUCAUCACCCGCCCUCAUCACCCGCCCUCAUCACCCGCCCUCAUCACCCGCCCUCAACACCCGCCCUCAACACCCGCCCGCAUCACCCGCCCGCAUCACCCGCCCUCAACACCCGCCCUCAACACCCGCCCUCAACACCCGCCAGCAACAGUGUCAGUUCUACUGCGCCUCGCUCAGGCAGGCAGCUUACGUCUUCAGAGGCACUUAGACAAAGAACACAGGGGUCAGAGGCACUUAGACAAAGAACACAGGAGUCAGAGGCACUUAGACAAAGAACACAGGGGUCAGAGGGACCCAGACAAAGAACACAGGGGUCAGAGGCACUUAGACAAAGAACACAGGGGUCAGAGGCACUUAGACAAAGAACACAGGGGUCAGAGGGAUCUAGACAAAGAACACAGGGGUCAGAGGGACCCAGACAAAGAACACAGGAGUCAGAGGCACUUAGACAAAGAACACAGGGGUCAGAGGGACCCAGACAAAGAACACAGGAGUCAGAGGGAUCUAGACAAAGAACACAGGGGUCAGAGGGACCCAGACAAAGAACACAGGAGUCAGAGGCACUUAGACAAAGAACACAGGGGUCAGAGGGACCCAGACAAAGAACACAGGAGUCAGAGGCACUUAGACAAAGAACACAGGGGUCAGAGGGAUCUAGACAAAGAACACAGGGGUCAGAGGCACUUAGACAAAGAACACAGGGGUCAGAGGCACUUAGACAAAGAACACAGGGGUCAGAGGGACCCAGACAAAGAACACAGGGGUCAGAGGCACUUAGACAAAGAACACAGGGGUCAGAGGGAUCUAGACAAAGAACACAGGGGUCAGAGGGACCCAGACAAAGAACACAGGGGUCAGAGGCACUUAGACAAAGAACACAGGGGUCAGAGGGACCCAGACAAAGAACACAGGGGUCAGAGGGAUCUAGACAAAGAACACAGGGGUCAGAGGGAUCUAGACAAAGAACACAGGGGUCAGAGGGACCCAGACAAAGAACACAGGGGUCAGAGGGACCCAGACAAAGAACACAGGGGUCAGAGGGACCCAGACAAAGAACACAGGGGUCAGAGGGACCCAGACAUAGAACACAGGGGUCAGAGGGAUGUAGACAAAGAACACAGGGGUAAGAGGGACCCAGACAUAGAACACAGGGGUCAGAGGGACCCAAACAAUAUACUCGCCGCCAGUGACGACUUCAAGUACACACAACAGUAA